ACUAGCGGCGCAAAACACUUAUUCCCAUGGCGACCAAUGGAGCGCGAUUUUUUUUGUUAUUGAACCUUGUUGUUAACAUUAUUUUUUUGUUACUUUCGUGCUGUAUUGAGUCACCAGACUAGUUUGUAUACAGUUAAAUAUAGUAAUUUUUAUGGCGCAAAAUAAAUACGAUCUUCUACUGGUGCCGAAUUCACCCAACAAAACUAUUCGACAACAGCCUUGGUACAAAGAACGAUUAAGGACAAAAUACAUCAAACAACGUUCAAAAAAAGAAGGAUCAGAGAGUCUUGUUGGUAGAAACUGGAUCUUACUCCGCAGUGGAAUUGAUGACUUCAGAGACGGUUUGCCCCCUGAGUUUGAUGGGAAAUUCUUUGUGGAGGGUUCCAAAGGGAUUUCUCCAGUGAUCAGUCAUAGCAAGGAUACGUUAUCCAGUCGAUUACGAAGAAAUAAUGUCAAAGCAAGGCGACCACGUCCAUCACUCACUAAGUCUCAAGCUUGCUUGGAUAAAAGCUUACCACUCCAACAAAAGCGUAGAGAUCAUAUUAAUGAGGUUGAAUACGGACUUACACAGCACCCACUUGCUCUUUACCCCCACCUUGAGGAAGGCAUGUCUCCUGAAUUGUUUGAAGAAAUUGUUGAUCUUCUUGAUCCGGCAAUGAAUCCUGACCUUGACAGUGAAGAGGAAGAUGAGUUCAUCGAAGAAGGAAGAAAGACAACAACUGGAACCGAUGCUAGUUUUGCCAGAUCAAACAUACUUGAAGCAAGCCAGGAGUUAUCAAGCAUUGAAAGUCUGAAAAGUUUGAUCGAUGAAUCUAAGCCUCGGAAUCCGUACAAAUGGAUUCUGAGGAAAGAUACACUUCAAAAGGAUGAAAAGAAGGGGAUAAAGAAGCGGCCAACCUCUCCGUCACAAGAUGAGCAUAUCAAAAAGGUGACAAAGGAAUUUUGUGAUUGGGUAACUGAUUUAGGGGGGGAGAGCAAUAAUGUGGAGGAAUCAACCAUCAUGAGUUUAUUUGCUAGUGGGUAUGAGACGAAACCUGCACUCUCCGUUCCUAUCCAUGUGGUUGAGCUAUCAAGUGUUCCUGCAGAACUGCGAGAGUCAGCAGGGUUGUCUCCAAGAGGAUCGGCAAAGAAGAGUUAUCCUUCUUCAGCUACUCCAACUGCUACAGUUACAAACACAGUGCAACCUGAGUAUGAGCCGAGUUGGGUCAAGAUAAAAUAUGGAGCUUGGUAUCUUGAACCAAAGACAUGGCGAGUUAGAGCUGAAGAUGAAGUUCUGGAAGAUCCGGAAGAAGUUGCAAAGCGAGAGAUGAGUGAAUCAAAGCAAAAGAGCACGGAGAUGGAUAAUCAACUUGCACCAUUGCACGGGGCAAGAGCAUUUAGGACUUUUCUUGAAAGAAACAACCGAAGGAAGCCGGAGUUCAUGAACAAAGUUUCUGACUUGCAAGAUGAAGAAGAUGACAGGAAUGAUGUCACGCAGCCAAACAAAUAUGAACGAACAUCAACGAGAGGGACAACUCGUGCUUACUCUGGCAUAACUUCACGUUCCAUUGCGUCGUCGAUCGGAAACAGAUGACGAAAAUGCUCCGUUUUUAUAUUCUAUUUUUUUAACAUUUACACUUGAAAUGUCUGCACAGUAGAAGAUUUGCAAAUAUGUGUUUUAUGAUUGUAGAAGUAUAUAGCGUUAAUGAGUUUUUCUGCUAACGCUAUUGAACUGCCAAAUUGAGAAGAAAAUGAUAUUUACGGUAAAGAUCAUUAAUAAAGGUUUUGUACCUCGCGCCGUGAGGCUGGGAUUACCACAAGCUGCGACCACAGGUCUGUCGCGGGUUGUGAACAAAGCCAUGUAUUGUGACGUACAUAAUCCUGCCAAAGGCGUUCGCCAACGGCAACGCUACGCAGAACGAACAAACAGUUUAACCUUUGGAAAUCAAGAACAUUAUUUCAAAUGAUAGUAUGAAGGUUGCGUUUGUGGUUUUAUCUCUACUCGUCAUUGGUGCAUACUGCCAGUCUACCAGUCCAAGACCAUCAAAUUGUGUAAGAAAAGUCUGGAGAGGAUGCAAUGUGCGCACGAAUGGAAAAUGUGCUUGUAAAAAGAAAUCAGCAUGCAUCAAUCCUUUUGUAUAUAGGACAAAACGGACGUGCAGACGAUUAAACAGAAAUAUUUGCAGAACUCACCCCUGCCAAAAUCAUGGGUACUGUCAACCAAUGCAAGGGCGACAGUUUAAAUGUCAAUGCUUUGGUACAGGGUUUUACGGAAAGAACUGUGAGACAGCUUGCCCAGAACGGAAUCCACAUGACUCCCAGUUGUGGAAGUUUCCUCAAGAAUGUAUUUCUGUGUGAAUCAUGAAAUUUCUGGCAGUUGCUGCCUAUAUUAUGCUUUGCAUGCAAUGAGCUGUUAAAUAGGUUUUGCACUUUCAGCUUUACUUGUACCUUUUGAUUUAAACUGUUUAUUACUCUAACUCCAAUGGAGUGAUAAAGAGUAAAUAGUAACUGUAUUUAUUUUACAGUUUUUGUAUUAUAUAUAUUAUGCUUCAUAAGUAAAAUAAAAUUUCAAGACAAAACAACAUGCUAAAUGAUUUGGCAA